AUGGCGAGAAAGUCCGGAACCGCCGCUGCCUCCGCAGCCGUUGCCAAGAUCGGCAAAAAAGUAAGUUCUUGUAGAUGUGAGACGAAUGGAUAGAUUGCCUUAAUAAUUUUAGAGCUAAUUUUGUUUGGUUUAGAGAGAAUAAGCGACGCAGUGCCAUUCAUACAAAAUAGAACUUCUGCAGACAAUGUAUGAUUUUCAGAAGACUGCUGCUCCUGUGGCUUCCAACGUUUCGAAGCCUUCGAAAAAGAGAGCGUCGCCCAUGACCUCGUCCCGUCCCUCAACGAGCUCCUCGUCCGCUAAAUCGAAGAAAUCGAAGAAAACGGCGCCGAAGAAGGCUUCCACCAAGAAAGCCGCUGCUCCGCAAUCGGACACCUCCAUGGCCGGCGCAUCGAGUUCAACUGCGGUUGCGUUGGGAAGACCGGCAAGAGACGCAAAGACAAAAUCGGUUGUUUUCCGCAUGAUGGAGGAAUCUAAUAAGGUGCGUAUGAGAAUGGGAAUGGUGUAUCUUGACACUUCUUUAACAAAAGAAAGAGCGAGAGAGAGAGAGAGAGAGAGACAACCUGAAACACUUCUCUGAUCAGGCCAAAUUGAUUGACUUUCAGAAAAAUGGCUCCCCUGCAAAGAAAGUCGGUCCGAGCACCGCUACCGCUGCCGUUUCGUCCACCGCCGCCGCCACCUCGUCAACCGCCUCGCCCAUUACGGCCACCUCGGCUGCUCGACCGUCUCCCACUACCGCUGCUCCGGCUCCAGCCCCUGCCACCGCCCCAGUCCGUGCCACUGCUCCGGCGAGAGCCUCAGCCCGAGCCCCCGCUCCGGCGCCAGUUGCCGCUCGUGGAUCUCCGAUUAAUCCGGCGCUGAUCAUCAGUUCGAAACGCACGCGUGUGCCGACGAAGCCUCGCGAGUAA